AUGGGAACGCGACCAGUCAUCGCCUUGGUGAUAUUCGUUGUCAUUUUUACCAUCUAUCUAAUAAUCUCGCACAGCACGCCCAAUUAUAUUAUAAUAGCUGGCUAUUCAAAUAAAUUGAAUAAAACAGAAAGAGAAUUUCUCAUUCCGCCUUUCGUCCAAAUUCCGGCCUAUUAUACAUUGGCUCCAAAAUACAACUUGACCGGAUGCAUUGUGCCGAAGGCAAUGUCUCAACUCACCAUCAACACAUUAUGCUAUCUUUUCGACAAGGAUUUAUUCUUGAGGAGCAACCAAUCAAUGCGCGAUGCCACAUUGAUAUCAAGGAGGAGCUGCUGGAAAGACUCCGCGUUUACCAUUUUCGGUGAAAAACAAAAACGAAAUCCUUAUAUGCGACGAUUUGCGUUCAUUCGGGACCCGUUUGAUCGAUUUCUCUCAUUUUAUCUCAAUAAAUGUGUCAACGAUAAAUAUUGCUGGAAUUGCAAGGGCGAUAUGAGAUGUGUUGUUAAGAACGUCUAUGAAUCGCUUAAAAAAUUGGCGAAGCGAGAGAUUUGGUCAACGCCUUCGUUUGAAGAUUUCCAUACGGCCCCUCUAACAUGGAGUUGCGAUUUCGCGAAAGACAUCGACAAGUUCGAUAUCAUUUUAAUCGGACUGGAAACCGCGCAAAAAACCGCUGCAAUUUCAAAAUUGGCGCAAAUUUUUCGCGAGCAAUUUGUUCCUGAAGCCGAUAUUCAAUACAUUAUCCAAGAGGCAACACAAAGUGAGACAACUCAUAGCACACAUUCGUCGCCGUUAAGGAAAGUUGCAGAAGAGCAGCUAAAACGGGACAAUUUCGUUCGGCAAUAUCUUCAUCGAAUCUACUUUUACGACUAUGGGGUUUUCCAGUUGAAUCGAGAACAUUUGGAUCCUGAAUAUCGAUAA